AUGGUGUGUGAACCUCUCCUGGUUGCAAUCCUCGGCAAGAUAACAUUCUUUAAUGACUGUGCCGCAAAUGUAGAACGAAUCUACAAAACAUUAUCUAGAGUGUCGUGUUUUGCUUCAGUGGCUCACAUGGCGGCCAUCAGUGUUGAUCGUUUUAUUUCUGUCGUGUACCCUCUACGCUACAAGAGCAUCAUGGAAAGCCGUGGAUUAAAGAUUAUGCUUACAGCGUCUUGGCUAUUCCCAUUUACAGUUCCUAUCCUAAGUGUCUCCAUUCCUGACUCAUUUCCCAAAGCCCUGUUGGCGGUUGGAGCGUUCACCUUCAUGUAUGCUAUCAUUGUCGUGUUUUACUCGUUGCUCGUGGCAUUUCUGGUCAAGCGUCGGAAGCAAAGGAAUAAACUUAGAGCUCACUCAUCUGGAAAUGCCAAUCAGUCAAGCGUUGAAAUCCGCGUCGCCUUUACGCUGGCCAUUGUGAUUAGCAUAUUCACCGCUUGUUGGUUUCCGCUGAUGAUCUCCUUUUUCGCCGCUGGUGAAACAUUGGUCAGGCCGCAAGCCGAACUGCACACAUGUGGAUCAGGACUGUGGCUUUGUCAAACUCAUCCAUGA